AUGGAUGGCAUCGCCAGCUGCAGGGUCUUGCCUAAAGACGCCAUAUGGGAUGCAUCAAUAGCAGGCUUCACAGCUCCCAAGAUCCGCACAGUCCUCAUAGAAACCGCGAACGGGGAGUUCGAAGUAAACGGCGCUACGAAACUAAAGAAAGGCCAGCCGCCUAGUUACAUAUAUGGCGCGCGGAUAGGGUUACGUGCGGCGCACUCAGAAUACACGUCGGCGCUGCCAAGGUGCUAUUUUAAGAUGUUUGCGAUCGGGCUGGUGCUGGUGUGCGCGCCGCAGCCGCCGCCGCCGCCGCCGCCGCCACCGCCUCUGCCGUGGGAGGCCGCCACGUGGUCGCACCGCCCCCGGCAGACGCCUCCCGCCCCCGCUCCGCCCCCGCUCCACCCCCGCUGGACCGCCUCCCCACUGUCUCCACGCAGCCGCGCUACGCCUUCAAAAUUUUUCUUCGCUUUCCUUUUCUUUUUCAUACAAUGA